AUGAGUCAAAUCAUGCAGAAAGCGGUUGCGACCGCUAGCUUGAUAGCCCUGCUCGGCUCAACGUCGGCAGUGGCAGCUCAAAGCUCUUCGAAUGGUCAGUUGCCCAUCCUGGGUAUUCUUACUGACACGCUUGCUCAUAUUCAUUCUUCAGCGGUUGUCGUGGAUGGCACUACUUUUGCCCUGAACGGCGACAACUUCUCAUACCGUUUUCAUGUCGAUAAUGAGACUGGCGAUCUUUGGUCAGACCACUUCGGUGCGAGCGUGACAGGAGACAUUCCCUUUGAGAAUGUACCUGCUGUCAAUGGCUGGGUCGGCAUGCCAGGCCGAGUCCGUCGGGAGUUUCCUGACCAGGGCCGGGGUGACUUCCGUAUUCCUGCCAUUCGCAUUCGACAGUCUGAGGGCUAUACGGUCUCCGACUUGCAGUAUCAAUCGUACGAUGUGAUUCAAGGCAAGCCGGAACUACCAGGACUGCCUGCCACUUUUGGUACAGAUAAGGAUGUGACUACCUUGGUCGUUCACCUUUAUGAUAACUAUAGUACUGUGGCAGCGGAUUUGUCGUAUUCCGUAUUCCCCAAAUACGACGCCAUCGUCCGCAGCGUGAAUGUUACCAACAAAGGCAAGGACAACAUUACCAUAGAAGCUUUGGCGAGUAUGAGUGUGGACUUUCCCUAUCAGGACUUGGACAUGAUCAGCUUGAGGGGUGAUUGGGCCCGGGAAGCUCACCGUGAACGAAGAAAAGUCGAGUAUGGAAUACAGGGGUUUGGCAGCUCUACAGGAUAUUCUUCACACCUCCACAACCCAUUCCUUGCUCUUGUCGAUCCAACUGCCACAGAAUCUCGUGGCGAAGCGUGGGGCUUCUCGUUAGUGUAUACCGGCUCAUUCUCCGUGGACGUCGAGAAAGGCUCUCAAGGCUUCACUCGUGCCCUACUUGGACUCAAUCCCAACCAGCUCUCAUGGAACCUCGGUUCAGGUGAAACAAUAACGACGCCUGAAUGCGUGUCUGUCUAUUCCCAGAGUGGAGUCGGUGGGAUGUCGCGUUUGUUCCACGGGCUUUACCGCAACCACCUCAUCAAGAGCAAAUUCGCCAUGAAGGAUCGCCCUGUCCUGUUGAACAGCUGGGAGGGUCUUGGUUUCAACUAUAACGAAAGCACUAUCUAUAAUCUUGCUCAAGAAUCGGCGGACUUGGGAAUCAAACUCUUCGUCCUGGAUGAUGGGUGGUUCGGUGAUAAGUAUCCUCGACUGUCUGACAACGCUGGUCUAGGUGACUGGGUACCCAAUCCUGAUCGCUUCCCAGACGGUCUGGACCAUGCAGUGAACAGUAUCACCGCGCUGAAAGCUGCAAACACAUCCACUAAGCUCCGAUUCGGUCUCUGGUUUGAGCCUGAGAUGGUCAACCCUAAUUCCAGCCUCUAUCGUGAACACCCUGACUGGGCCUUGCAUGCCGGAUCCUACCCCCGCACAGAAAGACGUAAUCAGCUCGUUUUGAACGUGGCUCUUCCAGAGGUGCAAGACUUUAUCAUCAAGUCUGUGUCGAGCAUUCUUAGCAGCGCCGAUAUCACCUACGUGAAGUGGGAUAACAAUCGGGGUAUCCACGAAACGCCCUCGCCGUCCACUGACCACGAGUACAUGCUGGGUAUGUAUCGAGUAUUCAACAACCUGACCACUCAAUUCCCAGAUGUCCUGUGGGAGGGCUGCGCUUCUGGCGGCGGUCGCUUUGAUGCGGGUGUACUUCAGUACUUCCCUCAGAUCUGGACCUCAGAUGAUACCGAUGCCGUUGAGCGUAUCACCAUUCAAAUGGGAACAUCACUCGUUUAUCCCCCGAGCGCGAUGGGUGCUCAUCUUUCCGCCGUCCCCAACCAACAGACAGGCAGAUCACUACCCGUCGCAUUCCGCGGCCACGUUGCCAUGAUGGGAGGGUCUUUCGGCCUAGAGCUAGAUCCCGCCGAAAUCCCGAGUGAUGACAAGGCUGCCCUUCCUGGCCUCAUUUCACUGGCCGAGAAGGUCAACCCAAUUAUUUUGACCGGGGAUAUGUACCGUCUGAGUCUACCGGAGGACUCGAAUUGGCCCGCCGUUCAGUUCAUCUCGCAAGAUGCGUCGCAGGCGGUACUGUUCUACUUCCAGAUUAACCCCAACAUCAAUCACGCACUCCCUUGGGUCAAGCUGCAAGGAUUGGAUCCCAAGGCCAUCUAUAGUGUGGAUGGCAAUGUUACCUAUUCCGGAUCAGUCUUGAUGAAUGUUGGGUUGCAAUUUGUCUUUGAGACAGAUUAUGGCAGUCAAGUGGUGUUCAUUGAGAAACAGUGA